AUCUUCUCCCAAUCAGCAUUUUCUCCACUCUCCUCCCACCGCAAAAGCUUUCAGCGGUGAUUUAACACACGGGUCCUGAGAUCAACAUGUCGUCUUUGUUCCCGAGUCCAGAAGAAAAGAAGAAAAUACCAACUCCGCGUGUGGCCUCAUGGUGGGAAGAGGACUGUCAUGUGUUGGCAUGUAGGAGAGAUUUUUUAUUUAUUUUUUUACCUGAUGGAUUAGGCUUUAAGUAGAACCUGUGACUGUGCAACUAAGUGUGCAGGAACGUGGACGGUAUACGUGUUUUAAAAGUCUAAAGAGGGCAUAUUGGCAUGUGUCACUGGGUAGAGCUGCAUGCGGCUUCCUGUGGUUACCGAGCUGGUGCUGAGCGAAUCAGACGACUUAUAUUUAGCCUUGCAAAUGGUGUGCUAUGGAUUAUGUUUUGGGGUUCUCCAGUUUCGUCUUCGGUGCGUUUUGUUGCGUGCAAGGAGGGCUCGCGGACGUCCACGAGGCUGCUGUUCAAGCACUGAACGGGUCUUCUUCGUGGUCUCAGGCCGGCUCUCCUUUGAUUGAAACGUCCUUUCUACUGAACUCCAUUCUCACACUUCAAUACCCCCCCGCCGUCUCUGGAAGAGGCCCCUUUCGUCCGUUCGUCUUGCCUUCUCGGCUUUGAGACGUCUCCGGUUUGGAUCCCCGAGGUCUUCCGAGCCCAAGCUGUUGUGGGACGUCACCGAUUGCUUCGUCCCACUUUUUGAAGUUUUGGAUCAAACCGCGUCAUGGAUAUCCUGGCCUUGGAGGCGAAGAGCCAAAAUGGAGCAGAAUCUGAAAAGAAGUCCACACCGAAGCCAAAGGCGAAGCCGCCCAAGAAGGCCAAAAGGAUAGUUUACUUUGAGGUGGAGAUCGUGGACUUGAAGACUAAAGAGAAGCUGCUGUUGUUGGACAAGGUGGAGCCAACUGCCACAGUUUUGGAUAUUAAAGCCUUGUUUCACAAAUCAUAUCCAAAGUGGUAUCCAGCCAGGCAGUCCCUGCGUUUAGACCCAAAGGGCAAGAGUCUCAGGGAUGAGGAAAUUCUCCAAACACUGCCUGUGGGAACCACGGCCAGCUUUUAUUUCAGUGACCUAGGACCGCAGCUCACGUGGGGAACAGUGUUUUUAUCGGAAUGUGUCGGUCCGCUGAUUCUGUACCUAAUGUUCUACUUCCGCCUUCCCUUCAUUUACUCUCCGAAAUAUGACUUCACCACCAGCAAGCACUGGGUUGUGCACUUGGCCUGCAUGUGUCACUCCUUCCACUACAUGAAGAGGAUUUUGGAGACGCUGUUUGUUCAUCGGAUCUCCCAUGGGACUAUGCCUCUCAGAAACAUAUUUAAGAACUGUGGCUAUUACUGGUGCUCCGCAGCUUGGAUGGCAUAUUACAUCAACCAUCCUCUCUACACUCCACCCUAUUAUGGGCAGCAGCAGAUAAACACAGGGCUUUAUAUUUUCCUGUUCUGCCAAGUCGGAAACUUUUCAAUCCACAUUGCGCUGCGUAACCUAAAAUCACAAGGCUCAAAAGUUAAGAAAAUACCUUACCCAACAAAAAAUCCCUUCACGUGGAUUUUUUGGCUGGUCUCCUGUCCAAACUACACAUAUGAGCUGGGCUCGUGGAUUGGCUUCACGGUGAUGACCCAGUGCGUGCCCGUGGCCUUCUUCACCCUCGUGGCCUUCGUCCAGAUGACUGUGUGGGCCAAAGGAAAACAUCGCAGCUACUUAAAGGAGUUUAGGGAUUACCCCACCCUGCGCUCAUCCAUACUGCCCUUCAUCCUGUAGCCGGGUCCGGACGGGAGGACAGUCAUUCCUGCACACGUCCACCACGCGUGCCGAGGUUAGCCGCGUAACAGGUGCAUCUCCAUAAAACAGAAUACCGUCAAAGUGCUCGUUUAUUUUCAGUCAUUCGGUUCAAAAGGUGAAACUGGGCGCCACGCUCUGCUGACUUUGGACUUGAGGAAACACCGUGGACCGACAGCGGCAGGUGACGUGGCCGUCCAGAUCUCCCAUCGACUGUGGAUGCUUCACGCUGGACCUCAAGGAGCUUGGAUUUUUUUUGUACUUUUCCUCUUUGUUCACAGAGUGCCAAGCAAUGUGAUUGGAAAGUUGAGUGGAAGGAAAAAAACUGCGGUUGGAAAAAAAAAAAGAAAGGUGCACAAGCAACAGUUGACAGCAGUACUGAGAGGCCAAAUAAAGAUGUACAAAAGGUGUGGACUGCAGGUGGAGUCAGUGCUGCGAGAGCCGCCGCACACGGACAUGUCCUUGGGUUGAGCCCCUCCUGAACCAGAGACGUGUUCAGAAGCAUCUUACCUGGGCUAAGGAGGAAAAGCACUGGAAUGUUGCUCAGUCCUCCAAAGUUAUCAAUUCAGAUGAAAGUAACUUUUGCACAAGAGAAAAUGGUCAACAUAAACGCUGUCUGUAACAGAUUAUGUACUCCAUAUUCAGAAUAUAUGAAGAUCCAGUUUCACAUUAUGAACGCGGUUAUCGAAAUACAUCAACUUUUUUUUGAAGAUAUUCUAAUUUAUUGAGAUGCACUUGUGAAUGCAUUUUGGUCGUUUUUGUUGUCUGGCUGUUCGGGCGAUUAAAGACAACGAAUCGCAAAGCAAAGUCUUACCGUAAAGCGUGUAAUUUAGUGAAAUGUGUCGUUUUGUAUUUUGCUACUUUUAGUUUUUUUUCGGAUAUCCGAUCCAAAUUUCUCCCAAGGUUGAACCGAAGCUGCUAAUCUGGUUUGUUCAACCCAGUGUCGGCCUGGAGCUGUUUAAACGUCGCUAAACCGUUAACAGCGUUAAACUGACGCCGUCCUCAUGUGAGCUUUACAAGAUUGUUUGAAGAAA